AAAUCUUUGGCGACAGAACACGCAAUAAUUUCAACUAUUCCGGAAAAAAUCUUUCUCUUUUGUGCCUUCAAAGUACAGAUAUAUAUUACAAAAAGUUUUCAUAAGUUUUUUUUCAUUUCUAAAAAAAUAAGUCGAAAUGUUUCGUGUAACGCAACGCUUUGCCUCGCGGGUUAUGCAGAUGCGUAAUGCAAAAGCAAUCAUCAAGCGAAAUUAUUCGCAGAUGAUAAACCAAAUGCUGCAGAUUCAGCAGAUGGAAAUCUGUGCAGAUCCCCCGUCUCGGGGCCUUAUUAUCGGAGUAUAUGCGGAUGAAGAGGACAAAAAUGAUGCCGGCAUCCUAACUCAGGCCGGCUGGCGAUAUAACGUGCAGAAGACGCAUGGACGAUUGCUGGAGGUCCUACGUAUGUCUGGACCCAUGCCAAAGCGUGGAGAAACGCGUCUGCUCUUCGCGAUAGAACCAGAGCGAGUACCUUACUACUCGGCGGUGGCUGUCAUCGGUCUGGGAAAAGAGUGCCUCGGCUAUAAUCCCUACGAGGUGCUGGAUGAGCAGAAAGAGGCCAUCCGUCGGUCGGUGGCUGAUGCUUGUCGGAUUCUGGCCGAGCUGGAUACAGAUCGAAUCGAAGUCGAGAACUGUGGUCAUGCCGAAUCGGCGGCUGAGGGCGCAGCUCUGGGCAUCUGGGUGUACCAGGAGCUGCGUGAUCCCAAGAAACGUAUGUCAGUGCCAUCCAUCGAUCUGUAUACCACCAAGGAUGAGAUAUGCGAUAUUGAAGGCUGGCGCAUUGGACUGCAGAAAGCUGCUGCUCAGAACCUUACGCGCCAGCUUCAGGAAAUGCCUUCGAACCUUCUGACGCCAACAGCAUUCGCCCAGAAUGUUGUGGAGGUUCUGUGUAAAUCAGGUGUGAACGUGGAAGUCAAAGUAGAGGGAUGGGCYGAGAGUCAGUCGAUGCAUGCCUUCCUUGCAGUUGGCAAAGCCUCUUGUGAACCGCCCAUCUUCCUCGAACUGAGCUACUACGGCACUUGUGCGGAGGAGCGUCCCAUUGUGUUGGUCGGACAAGGUGUGACCUUUGACGCCGGAGGCUUGUGCCUCAAGGAACGUCARGAACUUUAUCACAUGCGUGGUGAUAUGACGGGAGCUGCUGUUGUGGUGGCCACCUGUCGUGCCGUGGCGGGGUUGCGUUUGCCAGUUAACAUUCGCGGCCUUAUUCCACUUUGUGAAAACGUCAUUGGUUGCAAUUCGUUCCGUCCCGGAGACAUGGUCAAGUCGAUGAAUGGCAAGACCAUUGAAGUUCAGUGUACCGACCAUGAGGAUGUUCUAGUUCUAGCUGAUGCAUUGCUCUAUGGCCAGAACUUCUGCCCCAAGUGCAUCAUUGACAUUGGCACCUGCUCGGGCUACAUGCGCCAAGCYUUAGAUGAGGCUGCGUGUGGCGUCUUCACCAAUUCUGAAAUCCURUGGCAACAGAUCAAACAUGCCAGCAUGCAUACCGGUGAUCGCGUCUGGCGUUUCCCUCUAUGGAAUUACUAUAGUAAGACUGUCCGCUCUGGUGGACGCAGUGAUGUUCAGAAUUAUGGUAUUGGGCGUGGUGGCCGUCCCUGUAAAGCCGCUGCUUUCCUGAGGGAGUUUGUGCCUUGUGGUCAAUGGAUGCACAUUGAUGCUUCCAAUGUUAUGGUAACAGUAGGUGAUGAGUACGAGUAUUUGAGAAGAGGCAUGGCUGGUCGUCCAACUCGCACGUUAAUAGAAUUUAUUGCUCAGACUAUUUGCAAGGAUACUGCUCCAAAGAUGGGCAAGUAAGCAGACGUUGUGUUGCAGUUUAAGUUAUCAAGAGUUUUUCACAUGAAUCGAAGUUAUUUUACAAAAGGUAGACCUGCGACUUUUAAGUAUGUGAGUUUUAAUUUGGACAGAGAGAUGUUAAAAUUCAGUAGUUUAAUCAGGUUUAAAAAAUUAAAUGUUUUAUCAAAAGCAUGUGUAUAAAUACAGACAGUUCUUAGUAUA